AUGGAUAUUGAUACAGUCGAUACGAUGGGCCUUUUGGGCGGAGCCUAUCGCAGACUUGGUCGGUGGAACGAGGCGGAGGGACUAGAGCUGCAGGUCCUGGAGAGACUACGAGAGCUUCUGGGAGACGCGCAUCCAGAUACUAUCCAGGCAAUGGCUAAUUUAGCUGUAACCUAUUCGAAGCUCGGUCGGUGGAACGAGGCGGAGGGACUAAAGCUGCAGGUCCUGGAGAGACGACGAGAGCUUCUGGGAGACGCGCAUCCAGAUACCAUCCAGGCAAUGGCUAAUUUAGCUGUGACCUAUUCGAAUCUCGAGCUGGAGGCCCUGGAGAGACUGCGCAAGCUGCUAGGGGAACUCCAUCCGGACACUCUUCGUGCAAUCUCCAAUCUGGGCUCCACCACUCACAUUUUAGGUCGGUAUACAGAUGCGGAGAGCUUGUUCCGUGUUGCCUUCGAAGGGCAGAAAAAGGUGCUCGGUAGUAAACAUCCAAAUACUGUCAACACAGCUCGGCACCUGUCGGUUACGUACGCGUCACUUGGAAAACAUAAGGAAACCGCCGAUCUAAAGCGAGAGUACGGGUCCUGGGACAGUGAAGCAGACGAAUCCGCGAACGGGACCUCGGAGAGUGAAACAGACGAAUCCAUGGCCGAGGUAGCGAUUGUGGAAAAUAGUUACGCCGAGCAUUCUCUAACAUAA